AUGGCCGCGCAGACCUCUUCUCCGGGUUCUUCUAGGGUCUAUAUCACUGCACGCACACGCGAGGGCGAGGAGCGCGUCCUUCGCCUAGAUUCUCUCCCACAGACGAUUUCCUUACACUCGGAAUCUGGACUGAAUCUUGAGCUGGCGAUAUCGCAGCCAACAGCUACGGGAGGCGGGUCGCCAGGGGAUGUUGCAAUUACGGGUCAGGGUGAAUGCGAGAGCGGUUCAAUGCUCCGAGGACAUCCUGCCGGAAAGCGAGGUCGCUCAAUGACACCGGCGGCAGAGACGACUAGCGAAGCCACGCGCGCACUCGGUGGCGAACACUCUGUGAAGCGUGCUCGCACCGAGCAACUAUCUCCGCCAAUGUAUUCCACCGGCACCCCUUCAAGCUCAGUGAGCUUGAGCUCGCGCGUCGGUAGCGGCUUUCUUCUCACCGAUGCUGAUGCCGACGAAGCGACUUGGGAGCAGGCCGUCGAGGCCGUUGAGACCGCCGAGAAGAGGAGGGCUGCUGACAUGGGGUUCACUCCCUUCUGA